UGAGGCAUAAAUUCCGAGGUCCCAAGCCAUGUCUCUGACCAACACAAAGACAGGAUUUUCGGUCAAGGACAUCUUGGACCUGCCGGACACCAACGAUGAGGACGGCUCGGUGGCCGAAGGGCCGGAAGAGGAGGGCGAGAGGCCAGAGCCCGCCAAGAGGGCCGGGCCGCUAGGGCAGGGCGCCCUGGACACGAUGCAGAGCCUGCCUCUGAAGAAUCCUUUCUACGACAGCAGCGACAACCCAUAUACGCGCUGGCUGGCCAGCACCGAGGGCCUCCAGUAUUCCUUGCAUGGGCUGGCGGCUGGAGCGGCGCCCCAGGACUCGAGCUCCAAGUCUCCGGAGCCUUCAGCCGAUGAGUCACCGGACAAUGACAAGGAGACCCCGGGCAGCGGGGGGGACGCGGGCAAGAAGCGGAAGCGGCGGGUCCUCUUCUCUAAAGCGCAGACCUACGAGCUGGAGCGGCGCUUUCGGCAGCAGCGGUACCUGUCGGCGCCAGAGCGCGAGCACCUGGCCAGCCUCAUCCGCCUCACGCCCACACAGGUCAAGAUCUGGUUCCAGAACCACCGCUACAAGAUGAAGCGCGCCAGGGCGGAGAAAGGUAUGGAGGUCACGCCCCUGCCCUCACCACGCCGUGUAGCCGUGCCUGUUUUGGUCAGGGACGGAAAACCGUGCCACGCGCUCAAAGCCCAGGACCUGGCAGCCGCCACCUUCCAGGCGGGCAUCCCUUUUUCGGCUUACAGCGCGCAGUCUCUACAGCACAUGCAGUACAACGCACAGUACAGCUCGGCCGGCACCCCUCAGUACCCGACAGCACAUCCCUUGGUCCAGGCCCAGCAGUGGACUUGGUGAGCGCCGCCCCUUCGAGACUC